AUGUUAGGCCCAGAGUUGGUUUGGGAAACGACAGAGAAGAUUGCUCUUAUCCGUAAAAGGUUGGUUAUAGCUCAGAGUCAUCAGAAGAGCUACGCCGACCAUAGGAGGAGGCCGUUAUCUUUUGAGGUUAGGGAUCAUGUAUUUCUUAAGAUCUCACCUAAGCGGGAUUUGAUGAGGUUUGGAAAGAGGGGGAAGUUGUCUCCGCGCUUUAUUGGGCCUUUUGAGAUUUUGGAGCGUAUUAGGGAAGUGGCAUAUUGGUUAGCUUUGCCGCCACCACUAUCUGGAGUGCACGAUGUUUUUCAUAUUUUUAUGCUUCAGAAAUACAAGCCUAAUCCAUCACACGUAUUGGAUUGGACUGAGUUACAGGUGGACGAGGAUGUCUCUUAUGAGGAAAGACCAGUGAGGAUCUUAGACACUCGGGAUCAGGUCUUGCGUGGCAAGACAAUUCCCUUGGUGAAAGUGUUAUGGAGACACCACGGGGUUGAGGAGGUGACUUGGGAACGUGAGGCUGAAGUUCGUGAGAAGUAUCCGGACCUUUUUAUCAAUGUUUGA